AACAUGGCGAGGUCGAGGCCAUAGGGCGAGGGCGCGGGCACCUACUCCCAAGCCAGCAGACAGCCGGGGCGGCGGGGCCGGCAGGAGGCGGCGGGACCCUCCCCCCGGCGAGGGGCGGGCUUCUGGCUCCGUGCGCUGCCCGCCACUCAGCGCCCGCCACAGCCGCCGCGCGAUGGCACUGGCCGGAAGCCCCCGAGCCAAGAAGGGCAUUUUGGAACGUCUGGAUAGUGGGGAGGUUGUGAUCGGAGACGGCAGCUUUCUCAUAACUCUGGAGAAGAGGGGCUACGUGAAGGCCGGGCUCUGGACUUCAGAAGCCGUAGUAGAACAUCCAAAUGCAGUUCAUCAGCUUCACAUGGAAUUCUUGAGAGCGGGAUCAAAUGUCAUGCAGACUUUCACCUUUUCUGCCAGUGAGGACAAAAUGGAAAGUCAGUGGGAAGCUGUAAACACCGCUGCCUGUGACCUUGCCAGAGAAGUAGCCAACAAAGGUGAUGCUUUGGUAGCAGGGGGGAUCUGCCAGACAUCGUUGUACAAACACCACAAGGAUGAAGCUAGAAUUAAAAAACUUUUUCGGCUACAGCUAGAGGUUUUUGCCAGGAAAAAUGUGGACUUCCUGAUUGCAGAGUAUUUUGAACAUGCUGAAGAAGCUGUGUGGGCUGUGGAAGUCUUAAAAGAAGCCAGAAAACCCGUGGCAGCCACCAUGUGCAUAGGCCCAGAGGGAGACAUGCAUGGUGUAACACCUGGAGAAUGUGCUGUGAAGCUGGUGAAGGCAGGGGCUUCAAUCGUUGGUGUGAACUGCCGAUUUGGGCCCUGGACCAGCCUGAAGACAAUGAGACUCAUGAAGGAAGGCCUAUGGGCUGCAGGACUGGAAGCACACUUGAUGGUGCAGCCCCUGGGGUUCCACAUGCCCGACUGUGGCAAAGGAGGGUUUGUGGAUCUCCCCGAAUAUCCCUUCGCACUGGAGCCCAGAGUUGCAACCAGAUGGGAUAUUCAAAAAUAUGCCAGAGAGGCCUACAACCUGGGGAUCAGGUACAUAGGCGGGUGCUGUGGAUUUGAGCCCUACCACAUCAGGGCAAUUGCAGAGGAGCUGGCCCCGGAAAGGGGAUUUUUGCCUCUGUCUUCUGACAAACAUGGCAGCUGGGGAAGUGGUCUCAACACGCACACCAAACCAUGGAUUAGAGCCAGGGCUAGAAGGGAGUAUUGGGAGAAUCUGCUGCCGGCUUCAGGCAGACCUUUCUGUCCUUCAUUGUCAAAGCCAGAUGCCUAAGGAGUAAUGAAAGAAAACACUGAAAUAGCAGAAUGGAAAGAAAUCCCCCUCAAGCCCCAUCUGGAACCCUUCCUCGCGUCUAUCCUCAGGCCACCCUGAUGUCUCCAGCUGCUGAACAGCUAAUGUGCUGUCUAUUCAACAUAGGAUGCGUAUUGCAUUCCUGCUGUGCUUAAGCUCCGAGCAGGAUGCUGGGGGAAAUGCAAAGCUGAUGAGAAAGGCUUCGCGUCCUCCAGGCACUUACUGUCCAGUAAUGCUGCAGGACAUGCUUUUGAAGGGAAUCAAGAAUAGUGAAACUUGUCUUUUAGGGUGAAUUUGAGAUGUUAAAAUAACCAAGUCUGUGAGCAACAAACCCAGUGAUUAAUUCCGGAGACUAAACUAGGUACAGAAGGAGGAUAGAGCAGCAUUCUAAACUAAAAUGAAAGUAAUGAGUCUGCCUUUCUUAAAUGAUUUGUAUAAUGACUCCAAAGGCAAUCCCAAAGGAAAAGAUGCAAAAAAAUGUUUUAGGAUUUUUUGAAAUCAUCAUAUAACCUUCCAAAGUGAUUACUUUCAGAGAUGAUUUUACUUAAAGGUGUUAAGUCCCAGAAUUUUUUAAAUGUGUCUAUAUAAUCACAAAUAGCUAGAUUAUAAACUACUAAGGACAAAGACAAUGUGAUAUGCUUCUUAUAUUUUUCCUUAAAGUAUUUAUCAUUGUGCCAGGCAUACUAAUAGAUGCUCAAUGAGAUACUUAUUGUUGAUUGUUUAAAAUAAAUAAAAAUAGAUAAAUAGUUUUGGAAGACCUUUUUAAAAGUCAGAGUUCAAAUCUAUCUUGGUCUAAUAUUUUCUUGACUUAUGUUUGAGCUAUUUGCUACAUGCCAAUUUCUCUCUAUUUUUCAAAACAAUGUAUC